GGCAACCACUGCCUGACUCUCUCUCUCCCGUCUCCAUGUCUCCAUUCCCGUCCCUAUAACCCGGGUGCCAACCUACCUACCUAAACAUUUUCCUUCGCUUUUGCUUUUUCCUCCUUUCUUCUUGAGGUGUUGUAUUUUUCUCCCUUUCUUCAUAGACGGGGCUGUUUUGACUUGCGCGUGAAUUUGGCGCCAAACCCCCCAAGACGCCAAAGCCAGCAGGAGGAUAUCGUUUCCCAUACCGCCAACACUGCAACCACUAACAAAUCCACUUGCGUCAUUGUCGCCGGAUUCCGCUUGCCUCGGUUCAAGUUGUGUUGCGCCCGACUGGCUUAAGGUCCAUGUCCUACAGGGAGCACUACCAGAACCCUACCUAGCUGCCGAUACCUGGCGCCCAUAACUGCCGACGCGGUCGUGUCCGGUACCUCGAGAUAACCGAACCUCCGCUGUUACCCAUCAACCAUAGAGUGGAAGCCGUCAACACCGCAGGGCACCAGACACCGUGCGUGCAGUUCCCGCAGCAAAAGUCCAUUGGACAGCCGACUCCCGUCCCUCUGACAACCAGUCACUCCAGUCAGUCAGUCAGUCAGUCAGUCUUCUUCAACCACCUACCUAGUCUACACAGUACCGUAGCCAACCCUCCUCAACAAAGACCGCCCUGAUCGAGAAUACCCAAUUGCGGUCCGAUUCAUCCGGAACGACAAGCAACGCCAGUUCCCUUUCUGCAUGGUGCACGGCAGCCGGCCUGCACUCCAGCACUCCACUGCUCUCUACGGCAUCAAUUGGCGACAGCGAUAGCGGCCAAGGCCCGGAACCACCAGCAAACAUGUCGUGGAAAAUGAGCGAGAAGCUCAUGGACACCAUCCGGCACUAUGCGAGCUUUCCUGCCACCGGCGUCAGCUUGCGCCAGAUGGUCCAGUUCGGCGAGAAGCCUUCUACUGGAACCCUCUUCCGCGCCUCCCAAUUCCUUGCUGAAGAGCUCCCCAUCCGUCUCGCCCACAGAGUCCAGGAGCUUGAUAACCUUCCAGAUGGCCUUAACGAGAUGCCUUCGGUCAAGAAGGUCCAGGCCUGGUAUGCCCAAUCGUUCGAGGAAAUCACACAACUGCCACGGCCACACCUACCAAAAGAUGUUAGGGAGCGCUUGAUGAAGCCGUCGAGAAGCGGAAAACACGCCUAUCUACCAGAGGCGACACCAAACCCCAGCAUAGAGGAAGGCCAGUACGCCUCACACAACGGAGCAAGCUACGCAAGCGGACUGAACCACAAAAAGUUCUCGGCCUCAAGGAGAUACUUUGCUAUGGUUGAUGACACAGGGGAUUGGCCUCCCGACCUACACCUUUACAACCAGAAAUUUGCGCAGACUCUGCACAAGAUCAAGAGGCGGCACGACAGUGUCGUCACCACCAUGGCCCAGGGCAUCCUCGAGUACAAGCGCAAAAGGCAACGCAUGCAGAUCGACCACAACAUCCAGUCUUUCCUCGACCGCUUCUACAUGUCGCGCAUAGGCAUAAGAAUGCUGAUUGGGCAGCACAUCGCCCUGACGGACCAGAACCAUUAUCGCGAUCCCUCAUAUGUCGGUAUUAUCUGCACCAAGACGUAUGUCAAGGACCUCGCCCAGGAGGCCAUUGAGAACGCCCGGUUUGUUUGCGAGGAUCACUACGGUCUCUUUGAGGCUCCCAAGAUCCAGCUGGUUUGCAACCCUAACCUCAACUUCAUGUAUGUACCGGGGCAUCUGUCGCACAUGCUCUUCGAGACGCUCAAGAACUCGCUGCGCGCCGUCGUCGAGACCCACGGCCAGGACAAGCAGGAAUUCCCCGUCACCAAGGUCAUUGUUGCUGAGGGCAAGGAAGACAUCACCAUCAAGAUCUCGGAUGAAGGAGGCGGUAUUCCCCGUAGCGCUAUCCCGCUUGUUUGGACCUACAUGUACACCACCGUCGAUCGCACACCCAACCUGGAUCCCGACUUCGACAAGAGCGACUUUAAGGCCCCCAUGGCCGGUUUCGGCUACGGACUUCCUAUCUCGCGCUUGUAUGCGAGAUACUUUGGUGGCGACCUUAAGUUGAUCAGCAUGGAAGGAUACGGAACCGAUGUCUACCUGCACCUCAACAGGUUGUCAAGUUCGUCAGAACCUCUGCAAUAGCAACCAGCAGUCAUGAGGGGUAGCGGAAGAACAGGAACCGCAUCCCAAGGAUUGACGCUGCCAUCGUCACUGAGAUACAUGAAAAAACGGCUUAAGGACCUCGAGGUCUCGGAACGCAAGCAGGUUGGCGACACCGAAGCCACAGUUCAUCCUCUUCCACCUCAGCCCGUGCCUUCGUCGGCGUUCGCCUCGGGAACCGGAGUAAGAACCAAAGACAGCGCUCUCUAGAGGAUCACAAAAAAAAUAGUGUUAAUGCCUUGUCUUUUGCUGCAGGUGGGAAGGACGGCGGGGCUCGGAUCUGGAUUUGGUCGGCUUUUUCUCGUUUUGUCAACUCUGUCGUUCGGCUGGUUCGGCUUUUCGAUUACUCGAGGCGGUUGAGGGACUUUAUCCACGUACCCACCGGAUAGACAAAUAAUGUACGAAAGCUUACGAAACGAACUUCACAAACACGGAUGAACGAACCGGUCCGAAAGGACACAUAGCAACAUAAACGCAACGACAUACAACGACAAACAGAUACGCAUGAAAGCAUGGGAAUUGGCGCUGUUUACAUCGGGAAGACAGGUGGGCGGUUUUCCACAACGCAAGGGGGUGAGGCGAAGGGUGAAAAGGGAAGAAGAAUCUACCCUCUGCGGUUACAUGUCAUUCAAAUAGGGCGCCCCGAAAGGGAAGGGAUGGUCAACGAUGGGAGAAGAAAGAAGAAGAGGUGUGCGGGGUACUACGAGAAGCUAGUACGAUGGACGACCACCUACGAGCCUACCACCUACAUACGCAGCGAAGAAAGGGGCAACAAGGGGGUCAGGCCGUCACACGGAGAGACGGAGAGAUGAAUGACAAUAAAUAUCCUUUUUACACACUUCCCUUGCUUCCUUCUUCUCAUCCCAACUGCGUCUUGUCCAUAACAGAAAUAUCCGAGUUAUAGGUACGUACGAUAUAGAUACUCAGGUAUACGUAAUGUACAAAGGCA